UUUUGAAAACAUGAGUUCACGCUUAGAAAGGGCGCUGAACCUGUUGUCUAGCGAUAAAACUUCGCUUUCUUUGAAAAGAGAUGCUGCAGAUCGAAUCACCGAAGUUCUGCUUCAAUCUGAAGAUAGCGUACCCAGUAUAUUGGAACAAAUUUGCACACAGCUUUUGGAUUCUCGGAAUAACAAUUGCCGAAUAUGCUGUGCAUCGGUUCUGAAAAGUUUCUCCGAAAAGUAUAAAACCAAUUUUUUCUUCAGCUUGGAAAACUCACAAUUUCUUGUGAGCACAGGCUCAACAUUUGAACGCUGUUCUGUUUUUGAUGAACCUUCGUUGUUUGUGGAUACGUAUGAAGAGUUGCAAUCGAAAGAGACUACUGUCUAUGAUUCCCUAGACGUACCUACUGAAAUAGGCGAUAUAUUUGGAAGUACAAAUCAAGAUUCCAAGCUUCCUUCAUUGAUUACAAGUCAGAUUCUAGAAGAUUCCAAAUUGCUCACAACAGAAAGAAGCCUAAAAUCGGAACCAAGUUUUUCGAGUCAACUAAAAGUUCAAAUCGCCUGGCCGACUUUUUCUGUAGAAGAAAUAGAGACGAGAAGUGAAGCAAUUGGUUGUGAAAGUUCUGUGGCGUCGUUUCUUUUAAAAACAACUGCGACAGUUUUGAACGCUCUUAAGUCAUCGACAUGGGAAAGAAGACACGGAGCAGCAUUAGGUCUCAAACAUUUAAUAGUUCCGAUGAGCGAUUGGCGCAAUAAACCGAAAACCAUGUUUGUUUUGAACUUUAUUGCAGAAGUUUUUCUACUUGAUAACUUCUGUGAUUUCGUGAGCGAGGAAACUUCAAUACCAGUUCGAGAACUGUUAGCCGACGUCUUUUCAGAACUAGUUUUCAAACUGUCAAUAACUGGACGAUGUUUCGAACUGGCGAAAAAAAUGCUGAAUGGCAGGACUUGGAGAUUACAAAUGAACUCGUAUCUUUUACUUAAAGCUAUGUUUUGCACAGAAGUGAAACAUAAAAACGCGGUUCAUGGAUAUGAAUCAAAAAAUAAAUGGAAUCAAGUUGUUGAAGGUAUCAUCAGAAAUGACCGGUUUGACGAUGAAAUCGAUUCAGAUAUAUCUAGAUUACAAGAUGAAUUGUUUCUGAAUGUUAUGGAACAUAUAGACCAUUCAAGGAAACAAGAUCUGUUUUCGUUCGUAAUGGGAAAACUUACCAGAAGUUCCAAACCAGAAUCUACCAGUUUUGCAAAUCCAACCACUUUAAAACUGGUGCACUCACUUCUUACGGCAAAAAAUCCUCUCAAAAUUGACUUAGAGGUAAAUUUGGUGAAAAAUUGUUGCUGGUCGACCAUUUUCAAUUUGACUUCAUUGUCAGAAAAUAUUGAAAGUAGUCAAAAAGUAAUCGACUGUCUGCAAAUUAUUCGGAGUAUAGAAAGCAAUUUUGUUGCCGAUUGUUACCUAUGCGCUUUAUUGUGCUUGAAACUAUUCGAAAACUCGGAAAUUAUUAAUGAAAUUAGAAGAUUUGUUGAAUUUGCUUUAAACAGCUUCGUAUAUCAGUACAAUAAGAAAAUUUAUUUGAAAAUCGGGAAAGUUUGUCAAAAUUUACUUGAAAUUUUGUUACUGAAGCCAACUUCAAUUAUUGAAAUAGAUUCAAAAAUCUGUGAAUAUAAAUUACAAAAAGCUGUUAUAGAAGUGCCGAACGAAUGUAAUAAAAUAAACAAUAAAAUUCAUGACCAAAUUAUUCGGAUUUUAGCUAUGCUCAUUUCAGUUCAGCCGGACUUUGCUCAGAUAGUUCCGACCUUUCUUUCAAAAACGAAUGGAUGGAUUGCGUUUUUGAAUGUCAGAAUUGGACUCGAAGCACUAAAUAUUGCAAAUGACAGCUGGGUAAAAUUUUCCCAAAGUGAUAUGACAAGUAUUUGUUCAGAGGUCGAAAAUUACUUAUGUUGCGAAAAAUUUUAUUUCCAAGAACAGCUGUCGUUCUUUUCGAGUAUCAAGACGAAGCUCAAAAAGUUGUCUAAAGACUCCGCGAAUUUUGAAAAGCUAAAAAGUAUUGAUGAAAUUUCACUCUUCUUGAAAAGCUUCAAAGGCAACAAGUCUGAGGAAGAUGAUUUACUACAAGAUGUAAGAUCGGAGUUGAAUGUUUUUAACGAAAUGUGUGAAUCUUUCUGGACUAACUUGAGGCUUCUUGCCGCAUGCGUUCUGAUUAAAUUAGAAUCUCUACCGGAGAAAUUAUCACCACUGGUCAAUGCACUGAUAGCUGGUUUGAAAUCGGGAGCUAAUUUAUCUCAAACUUCGCUGGCUUCGAAAUAUUUGAUUUCACUUCUCAAUUCAAAUCGACUUUCGGAGAAGGCAACCGAAAAGUUAUGCGAAGUUUUGCUUCGCUUUAUUUCGGAAAUUCAGCGAGAAAAGGUCUCAGAAUAUUUAGAAGACUUCGGAAAAAGUGGUGACCAAAAUCAACAAAAAAUUCAGAUAAUCGAGAAUUUUGUAAAUUUUCUCAAUGAGUCUCAGAAAAUUCACCUUCAAAUGGUCAUCAAGAUCCUGGUAGCUUCGUGUGCAUUGACUCGAACUCAAAAAUUUAUCUUGGACACUUUAAAUCAAUCAAACAAUGUGCAAAUGCGUAUUGAUGCGUUGAUUAACGUUUCCUCUUUGCUUGAGUUUUCUGACGAAAAUCUUGAAGAAAGUUUCGUCGAAACAGUGCUCAGCAAAAUUAUCUCCUUAGAAUAUUUAAGCAACAAAGAAGUCCAUUUAGAUUUAACCCUUCUCAGGAGCCAAGUUAUGGUAUACGCAUUGUUGAAUCCCCAAACUGGGAGACAAGGUGCAGAUAUAAUAUUUAUGUCGCUUUUGGAUGAAAAUAAACAUGAUAGAAGUCGAAAUUAUUUUGACAUGCUGGUAAUUUAUAUGGCAGUCCUGGAAAUCAAUCGCCGAAGUAAUCAGAGCAGUGCCGGCACAAUUUUUGACUAUUCUCGUUUGAUUGUAUCCUUUGUCGCGCCCGUUUUGAAGUCGAUCACGAGUUACGAUAACCAAGUUAGAUGUCUGGCAUCGAGGAUUUUUGGACUAAUUUUGCACAAAGCUGUUAAUGUGGUCGACUGUGAAAGUUCACAUACGGUCGAUAAAGGAAUUUUUAGCCGUGCAAUAAUGGGGUCUGAAUUGAUGCUUCGAGCGUAUGAAGAAAGUUCAGAGUUUCUAUCUAAGCUGAUCAACAAUCAGGCAUUCGCGACUCCAAAAAUAUCCAAAUCGAUCACAGUUAAUCUUCGCUCGUACCAGAAGGAAGGCGUUUCUUGGCUGCAGUUUCUCAGAAAUUACAACCUGAACGGAAUUCUAGCCGAUGACCUUGGAUUAGGAAAGACUCUUAUGUGCAUCUGCGUCCUAGCAGAACAAAUGGAAAAUCACGUGGUCAAAAGCAAAAAUCUUGUGACCGAAAAAGUUAGUCACGUCAUGUAUAACAAAAAUCAGGUGAUCGAAAAAAGAAAACCUAUAUGUAGUCUUGUUGUGUGUCCAAAAAGUUUGAUCCACCAUUGGAACCACGAAAUUCAAAAGUUUUGUCCAAAAUUAAUUAUAGACUGCAUUGAUAAACGGAAAUCGAUUUCAAAUACAGAACAGUCCUGUUCGUAUAUUGUUCGAAUAACUUCAUACGAUAUACUGCGAUCAGAUAUUGAACAAUUUUCCAGUCACGAAUACGAUUACAUAAUACUCGACGAGGGUCACGUGAUAAAAAAUAGACUGAGCAAAACUUUUUUAGCCAUUCAGAGGCUAAGAGGAAAACAUAGGUUAGUUCUUACAGGAACCCCAAUUCAAAACAGCCUCUGUGAAUUAUGGACGUUGUUCGAGUUUUUGGUACCCUCAUAUUUGGGCUCAAUUGAGCACUUCAAAUCUUAUUUUUCGAAAAAUUUGAACAAAAAUGAAGAGACAUUGAACAAGUCGAGUAAAACUUUGGAACGUAAUUCGCAAGCUUUGAAACAGUUACACGCGAAAGUGCUGCCUUUAAUUUUACGAAGAGAGAAAGAAUCGGUUCUCAAAGAACUUCCGCCUAAAGUCAUUCAAGAUAUCUAUUGCACAAUGAGUCAACAGCAAAAAGAUCUAUACGAGAAAACGGAAAAUAAAUUCAAAACAACCUGUUCCGAAAAGACUUCUUCAUUAAAACUAAUGCAAAUUUUACUUCAAAUCUGCAAUGAUCCCACACUAUUGAACCCGCGCUAUAACAUAGCUUCAGGAAAAAUGGAAGCACUUUCCGAGUUAUUGUCGAGUAUAUUUUCGAACGAAAGAUUCAAUCGACAUAGAGUCCUUAUGUUUUUUCAAAUCAAAGCCACUAUGAAAUUAGUUAGAGAGAAAGUUUUGGAGAAAGAGUUCAAGUUUUUGAACUUGUUGAUUCUGGACGGAAGCUUGACGCCAGCUGAGAGAAUGGGCGUGGUGAAGAAGUUCAACGGUGACCCGACAUUUGACCUCCUUCUUUCAACUACUGCAGUGGGAGGGGUGGGCUUGAAUUUGACAGGAGCAGAUACCGUUGUCUUUGUAGAGCAUGACUUCAAUCCUGUGAAGGAUUUACAGGCGAUGGAUCGUACCCACAGAAUCGGGCAAACCAAAACUGUCACAGUGUACCGACUAAUCACGAAAGACAGCAUCGAGGAGCGGAUCAUGAGUAUCCAGAAAUUCAAAACUGCAGUUGCAAAUUCAGUUAUCAACGAAGAAAACAGUGCGACUAGUUCAAUGCAAACUGCGUCUAUAGCUGAAUCGUAUUUGGCUAGUUUGAACGAAGAUGCUGGAAAGCAGAUCAAAAGGCGAAAAGUUGAAGUUGAAGAUAGUAAAGGGGCGUUGCUACAAGAACUGGACUAUCUAUGGGAACCGCUCAGUAAAAUUGACGAUUUAGCUUAAGUUAUUGAUUGAAUUGGAUGAAAUUUUCAACUAUAAAGUAUAUGGAAAAUUAUGUGUUUAUUGAGA